CGGUCACUGUCUUUCAACGUCUCAGUGACUCUGCCAAAAUUCCGACAGUCCCUGAAAGCAGCAAACAUUAGCUAGCUAGCCAGCGGGAUAGAUUAGCAUAGUGCUAACAACAGAAUGGGCUUGCAACUGCUUGAAAGGACCGGUGACCUCUGCUUGGCUUCCAUGCUCUGAAAGCAUCUUGUUUCUCUAUCGCCGGUAUUAAAAAAAUGGAUGUCAGUGAAUGUGUUUUAUCGGCAGGCAGGGCCGUGCUGGACAUGGUGGAACGGGAGUGGCAGCCUCUGUCUGCGGGCGAGCUGGAGCACAGGCUGGACCAGGCGGUGGAAGAGAUCCUGGAGUCACAGCUCCUGGCAAAACUGGAAAAGCAGUCCCAUCGUCGUCCUCCUCCUACCAAUACUAUUUACGUACAGUUAACACAGAAUCAGGUGGGGCCCCAAGUUUUACACACAGCAACAACAUCCAGUCCGUCCGAGCAGGAGGAAGAGAAAGAGGAGGAGGCUGCAGAGUCCCAGGAGCAGGUUGAUACUGUGGAUAAUCCAGCGAUCAAGUACAUUUCAGACCUACUUCAAAGCUCCAAAUCAAGGACACGAAUGGCUGGACGGGCUCGCUUAUCAAUGUCCCACACUGUCCUCCUGUCUCUCACACUGCUGUCCGAGCGAGUCAGUUACCGCACUGUGUCCCGCCGCUUCCAGCUGGAGAAGGGAAACAUCCACAGGAUCUUCUUCUCUUUCUGCCAGCGCAUAAACAUGCUGGAAGAGAGGCACAUCAAAUGGCCAGCUGGGAAAGAGGCUGUAGAGGCACUUUUCCCAUUCUCCAAUCUAAUUGGAAAAAAGGAAGUAGAAGGAGGACAAGGUGUUCCUCAGGUUCUGGGAGUGUUGGGACACACCCGGAUCCCUAUUCGCCUGCCUAUAGGGAAACAUGAUGUGGAGAGCACCAUACCUGAGGUGAAGAGAAUGAAGAUGGAGGCCCCUCCUGACUCUUGGUUAAACCUUGAGCUUGUGUGUGACAUUAGAGGCCGGUUCUUGCACUGCAGAAUCAGUAAAGGAUCUCAUGUGGACAGAGGUCGUGCUCUAAGAGACAAACUCAAACAGAACCCUGACCUAAUGCCUUCCAGCUCCUGCCUUGUGGCCAGAGCUGGCUACCCACUUACUGAUCAGAUUUUUACCCCGUACACAGGAAGUCACGGACCAAGAGAGGCGCUCUUUAACAAGACACUGGAGGAGCAUUUUCAGAUCCUAGAUCAGGCCAUUGCCGAUCUGAGAGCCAGGUUUCGGAGGCUCACGUAUCUGGAUAUUGGAAACUAUGACCGAGCCAGAGCUGUUGUGCUGACUGCCUGUGUGUUGCAUAAUGUGUUUCUGGACCUAGGACAGGCGGUUCAAGGAGAGAAGGAGGAAGCCACACCCCAAGAUGAAGAGGGGGAGGCGGAUGACGAGGGUGUAUGCAGACGUGACUCCAUUACAGAUUUUCUGUUUAAAAGCUCUAAUCAUGGAAACGCGUGAACAUUUCAAUUUGUUAAUAAACUUCAGUUGUGCUCGUGA